CCACUGAGCCAUCCCAGCAGCCACUACUCUGAAGUACCCUAAGAACCACAAGCGGUGCCCGGAGGAUUCAAACUGGACAUGGCUACGGGUAGAGCUCCCGAUGAAAACACACAAAAUAGAAGUACAGUGUACAGUAUGGUGAUCAACCAUGAGGAAUCUCCUGGGGCCUCUCAUGCUGGCCGACCACCAGUCAUCUUCAACCCGGAUUUUUUUGUGGAGAAACUCCGCCAUGAGAACCCAGAUGUUUUCCUGGAACUGGUGCUUAGUAACAUUACUCGACUUAUUGACCUUCCUGGGACAGAGUUUGCACAGCUUCUGGGUGAGGACAGCCCCAAGACCCCAACAGGUGGAAAUGGAGGAUUUUUCCGUUCUUUCAACUUUCUUAAACGCAAAGAUAAAGGCCUUGUGUUUGGAACCUGUCUGACAGAAAGCUGUGUUGCCCAGAUGUACAAGCUUAUUGAAUACCUCAGCAAAAAUCUGCAUGUUGAAGGAUUGUUUCGGGUUCCUGGGAAUAGCGUUCGGCAGCAGGCGCUGAAGGAGCUCCUCAACAGCGGGGCUGAUUUCAGCCUGGACUCUGGGGACUUUCACCCCAACGAUGCGGCGACGCUGCUGAAGACUUUCCUGGGAGAGCUGCCAGAGCCCCUGCUGACACACAGACACUUCCAUGCUCACCUCAAAAUAGCUGACAUGACUCUGUUUGAUGAACAAGGCAACAAGACUACAAUACCCAACAAGGAGCGUCAGGUUGAGUCCCUGCAGCUUCUCUUCCUGCUUUUACCUCAGGCCAACCGCUCACUGCUAAAACUGCUCCUGGAUCUGCUCUACCACACUGCCAAGCAGCAGGACAAGAACAAGAUGUCUGCCUUCAACCUGGCCCUCAUGUUUGCCCCACACGUCCUCUGGCCCAGACAUAUGACAGCUGGUGACCUUAAAGACAAUCUGAAGAAACUGAACAACAGCAUGGCUUUUCUCAUCAAACAUUCACAGAAACUCUUCAGGGCUCCGGUCUACCUACGGGAUUAUGCUAGAAUGCACUUCAUUGGGACCAAGGCUCUGCAGACUAAGGAUGAUCUGGAGCUUCUGGCAGCAAGCAGCUCUCCUGCUCAGCGUGCAGUACUGCCUCUGAAGAGGACGGCUGCCCCGGGCCCCAGCUCUCAGGAGCAGUGUCAGUCACCAGCCAACCAAUACACAGAGGAGGCCUUGAAGGAGCUCUUCAGACACGUCCACCACAACAUGCCAGACUCUGCCAAGAAGAAGAAACUUGUCAGACAGUUAGUCAAACAGACAACCUCAGGGACGCCUGCUAAUGACAACAGUCAGGUCCCUCCAGCUCCCAGCAAGAAACACCCCCGUUCCCGCUCCUUUGGUGGUCUCAUCAAGCGCAGGGCUCGAGGGGAGCAGCUGACAGCCGAGAGACGAGUCCGACACAUCUCCCCCGACGCCCUCACCAGAACCGGAAGGAAACCUGACAAAGAGAACGUGUUACAAACGGUGAACAGCCCUUUGAAUGGUCCUGUGUUGGGAAAAGCAGGACUGGUAGUAAAAAACCCAGAUUUUGCUUUUCACAAGGACAAAGCUUUGAAAGUUUCCAAGCAGGACUCUCCCUCAGUGUCCAAGAUGUGCUGCUCUCCUCCUCAGGAGAUCCUGUAAAACCCCACACCUCCUCCUCAUCCCGGACAAGACUCGGGCAGUAUUGAUAUUAUUAUUCCUCACGUUUAUUAUUGGUUUUUAGUUUAUUCGUAGUGUUUUUACUGUGACUAAUGCAGAGCUGCAUAAGCAUUAGCCAGUACAGCCAAACCAAAGCCAGAAAGUUUUCCUUUGUCCUCGGUAUUGACUGUUUACAAAUAGUUAAAAACAUCUUUUCAGAUCUUCUCCCCAUCAACGGGAUCUGAACAAUGAAAACUGUAAAAUUACUAUUUCCUUCAGUUUAAUUUGUCUUUGAGUUCAGGUGAUUGAGGCAAAAAAAAAAAGUAAUAGAUUAUCUGGAGAUUGAAUCAGUAA